CUGCCAAUAAAAAGUAAUAAAGUAUUAAAAUUGCUUAAAUGAUUUUUCUCGUAUCACUUCAGCAGUCUCACUUCUAUAAAACGUUAAUUCUCGUGAUCUUGAAUUUUUCCUUGCACUGUUCUUUCAACCUCGAUAUCGACCUUGUUACAAAUUUCGAAUUCGUGGAAAAAAAUGUUUUUCACCAUAAAAUUUACAGAAUAAAUUUUAAAAUUAUUGAUUUUUGAAUUUUACCAAAUAUUCUUUCUUAGAAAAAGUAAAAAAAAAAAAUUAAGAAUACUUCUUUGUCGUUUAUUUCAAUUUUCGUUCGUAGAAAACUAAUUUCUAACCAUAAAACUCAAAGAAUAAAUUUUGAAUAAUUUUUGUGAAUUAAAAGUCCUUCUACGGAAAAGUUGAAAAUAUUUCUAAAGAAGUUUAGUAAUAAAACGGAAAAAGCAAAAAAAAAAAAGUUGAAAAAAGUGGAGAAUAAGUGUAAAAACAGUGAAAAUAAAAUAUUAGGAGAAUAAAAUUUUCCAAAGUGGGGGAAAGUAUUUUUAAAAAAUGGAUAAAAAAUUAAUGAACGAAGGGGAAAAAAUUCUCGAAGAAAAAGAAUGUUUGGAAAUAAUAAAAAAGAAACUCGCUCAAGAAUCAUUAAACGAAUUUAAUCUAAUUUCCCACGAACUCGUUCAAAUCGAAGAAGUAAAAGGCUAUAUGGGACAAUAUUUCACACUAAGCGCAACAAUAGCAAACACAAAAUCACCAAAAGAUGUGAGAAAAAUAAAAUUUUUCACCAAAAUUCCACCGCCAAAAGAUAGUCCAAUGUAUGAAUUUGACAAAGAAAUGGGAGCCUUCAAAAAAGAGGCGGCAUUCUACAAUCAUUUUUUGCCAAAAGUUUUAAAUGGUACCGAUAAAAAAUUCAUUCCCGAUUGUUUUUUAUGUUCACGAGACGAGGUUAUUGUCCUCGAGGAUAUGACACAAAUUGGCUUCUUGCCAAUAAAUAAAUUUGUACCAUUUGAUUUUGAGCAUUGUCGAAUUUUAAUUGAAACACUCGCCAAAUUUCAUGUGAAAUCAUUUAUAUUCGAGGAGGAGACAAAGAAAAAUUUACAGGAAAAUUUCUCCCAUUGUAUGAAGGAAUCAUUAUGGGAUUUGGGAAAAAGUAAAUCAAAAUCAUUGUACGAUGCUGCAAUUAAGGGAGCAAUAUCAUUGGUUGAUUUAAUACCGGGUUUCGAUGAGAAAACAAAAUUAAUAUUUAAGAAAAAAAUGAAGGCAUUGUCCAUUGAACGUGUUGUUAAAUUAUCGCCUUCAGUGAAACAUAAAAAUGUUUAUUGUCACGGUGAUCUUUGGGCGAAUAAUAUUCUCUUCAAAUAUGAUGAAAAUGCAAAACCCGUUGAAUGUUGUUUCGUCGAUUUUCAACAUGCGAGAUACAAUCCACCGGCUCACGAUCUACUGUCAGCGAUUCAUUACACGACGACAAGAAAAAUAAGGGACGAAUAUUCGAAUAGAUUUUAUAAAAUUUAUUACGAAUCGCUGGGAAAUUGUCUAAAUUGUGUGGAAAUGGAAAUUGAAAAAAUAUUUCCAUGGGAGGAAUUUAUGAAAUCUGUUGCUGAUCAAAAAAUUGCUUUAUUGGUGUUUUCUGUCUUAAAUUUACCAAUAAUGUUACUUGAACCACAAGCUGCAAAUAAAUAUUUUGCCGAAAAUCCUGAACUUUUGAAAAGUGUUCUCUACAUCGAUAGAACGCCAUUACUCUGUGAACAAUUUCAAAAUCUUCCAAUUUACCGAGAGAGAAUUGUCGAAGCCUAUCUUGAUUUGUACGAUUAUUUGGAUAAAAUUGAAUUGUAAGAUUAUUUUAUUGUUUGUAAUUAUAAAUAUUAUUUGUAGAAAUUUUAUUUACUGAUAAAAAAAAAAUUUUUUUUCUCACUAAAAAUUGUAAUGUAUGAGAAAAAAAAUUAUUGUUACAAUUGUUUGGAGAAAACUUGUUAUUUACAAUUAUUCAAUAGAAAAUUAUUAUUUACGAUUAUAUAAUAAACAAUUUGUUCAUUUUUUUAUAAGUUAGCUGCCUUAUUAUAUUAUAAACAAAA